GAGAGAGAGAGGAGGGGAUCUGAUCUGAUCCGGCGGAGGGGCCGCCAUUACCAGGGAAGCAAGAAAAGCCCACUUUUCACCCACACACACAUUACCUACUGCAUGCACACACACCAUCUCUGCGCUGAUCAACACAUUUCGGUGUGGUUCGGGAAUUUCGCGGGAUUUAUAGGAAUGCCAGCGCCGCAUAGGAUGAACCCGGCGCGUGUUUAUCAUCACGGCUACAACAACAAAGGACAUCAUGAUUGAUCGGGAGAAACGUGGGAAACGUGGGACAGCCCGAGGACGCGAAUGAACCGAGGAAUUUUUUUUUUAACACACCCUGGAGCAGAAUAUCGAUAGCAAUAAUUCCUCAUUCCUCAAUCCGACAUUGAGGUGCAUGGAUUUUUUUUUUUUUUUUUUUGGAGAGCGAGAGAAAAAAAAACAAGGUUUUAGGAGCAGCAAUACUGCUUGAUUUUUUUUCUUUUAAAACAUUGGAGCUUUCUUGUUCAACAUUGAUAUCAAGUUUAAACCUUUUCAAAUAUUUAAUCUUUAAUAUAACACAGAUUAUUAAUUAUUUCAAUAAAAUAAAACCCUGACGCUGCCCGUGCCGGCCUGGACUCGGACCUGGAUCGGAUAUAUAACCAAAAAAAGAAAAAUGAUGGUUAUACAUCACUAAAGGAACAACUCUUCUGAAACAUUUAAUAUUUUCUAUUAAGCCACUCCCACCUCCUUCUCAUCUUUAUUCCUGUACCGUACCAUCUAUAAUAUGGGCAAGAAACAUGCAGUUGAAAUUAUUUUAAUGUAAAGCCGAAGAGAAAACACAGUGCUGCAGAUAUGAUUGAAUGAAUCUAUUUAUAAACACGUCCAAAAAGUGAAGCUUGUCUUUUCCCUUUACAGCAUGGCAAGAUGAGUGCCUGCAAAUGAUGAUGGCUAAAAAGCAAGAUUCACGGGUGCCUACCUACAACCUAGUUGUAGUUGGUCUUUCAGGCACUGAGAAAGAAAAAGGCCCCUGCGGCGUUGGCAAGUCUUGCCUUUGUAAUCGCUUUGUCCGCCCUAGUGCAGAUGACUUUCACCUUGAUCACACGUCUGUGUUGAGCACCAGUGAUUUUGGUGGCCGAGUUGUCAACAAUGACCAUUUCCUGUUCUGGGGAGAGGUGGAGCGUGUCAUGGAGGAUGGCUCCGAGUGUAGGAUGCAUGUGGUGGAGCAGACCGAGUUUAUCGAUGACCAGACCUUCCAACCACAUCGUAGCACAGCUUUACAGCCUUACAUCAAAAGAGCUGCUUCCACAAAACUGGCCUCUGCCGAAAAGCUUAUGUACUUUUGUACAGACCAGUUGGGCCUGGAGCAGGACUUUGAGCAAAAGCAAAUGCCAGAGGGAAAGCUGCAGGUAGAUGGAUUUCUACUUUGUGUCGACGUAAGUCGAGGGAUGAACCGUAGCUUUGAUGAUCAAAUGAAGUUUGUUACCAAUCUGUAUAAUCAUCUAGGUAAAACUAAAAAGCCUGUUGUGCUGGUUCUUACUAAGUGUGAUGAAGGUGUUGAGCGAUACAUCAAGGACUCUCAUACGUUUGCCAUUAAUAAAAAGAACUUGCAAGUUGUCGAAACAUCAGCUCGAUCUAAUGUCAACGUAGACCUAGCUUUCCUUACUCUGAUUCAACUCAUUGAUAAGGGAAGGGGCAAGCAUAAGAUAAUACCUUAUUUUGAGGCUUUAAAACAUCAGAGCCAAAUUAUUGCCACUGCAAAGGACCGCUAUGAAUGGUUAGUCAACCACAUAGUUAAGAAUCACAACGAGACCUGGCCUGCGAUCAGCCGUCGUAUGCAACCAUCACCGGAAUACAAGGAGUAUGUCUUUUUAGAAGGUACAGCUAAAGCUAAAAAGCUUUUUCAGCAGCAUGUUCAUCGGCUUAAACAGGAGCACAUUGAGAGACGUCGUAAGGCAUAUUUAAGUGCGCUCCCACUGGCCUUGGGUUCCUUAGUGUCUGAACUGGCUGAAAUCGAGCAUUUAAGCUGGUCUGGGGUGCAGAAGGUACUGGAGUCCAAAAAGGACUUUGACCACUGGUUUGUGGUGCUGGAGGAUGCACCCUGGGAGGACACACCACAUCUUGACAAUAUGGAGGAUGAACGCAUUCCCUUUGAUGUGCUGGAUACAACUGCUGCGGAAAUCAUAUUUGAUGCGCAUCUUGAACAUCUGCGGAAUGAGUGCAAGCGUGCUGAGAUGCGGCAUGAAUUUAAGAUGAAGCUGGCAUCCUCACCUUUUGUCACCCCUGGCAAGCCUUGGGAAGAGGCACGGAGCUUCAUAAUGAAUGAAGACUUCUAUCAGUGGUUAGAGGAGCCAGAAUACUUGGAUAUCUAUAACAGGCACCAAAAGGUGAUUAUAGACAGGGCAAAGGAGGAUUUCCAGGAACUUCUGCUAGAGUAUUCUGAGCUUUUUUAUGAACUUGAAGUGGAUGCUAAACCAAGUAAAGAAAAGAUGGGCGCGAUUCAGGAAGCACUGGGAGAAGAGCAACGAUUCAAGGCGUUGCAGAAGCUGCAGGCAGAAAGAGAUGCCUUAGUAUUAAAGCACAUCCAUUUUGUUUAUCACCCAACCAAGGAUACUUGCCCAAGCUGCCCAUACUGUAUUGAUAGCAAGAUUGAGCAAAUAUUAGCGUUGUGCUUCCCUAUGCGCUAUCCUUCCUUUGGAAAAUCUAAUAUUCAUGAAACCAAAGCAGAAAGGAUAAAUUUGGUGAUUCUGGGCAAAGACGGUUUAGCAAGAGAGUUGGCAAAUGAGAUUCGGGCCAUGUGUGCCAAUGAUGACUACUAUGUACUUGAAGGCAGAAUCUAUGAGCUAAUUCUCAGGCCUAUUGAAGGUAAUGUUAGGCUUCCUGUUAACUCCUUCCAUACUGCCACGUUCACACCUCAUGGAUGCCUGUGUUUGUACAAUUCCAAGGAGUCUUUGUCUUAUGUUCUAGAAAGUAUUGAGAAGUUGCGAGACUCCACGCUUGGCAGAAGGGAUAACCACAUAGCCCAACUUCCUUUGUCUCUCUUGUUAGUCACUAAGAGAGGUGUAGGAGCUUUGAGUGACCUUGGUGGAGAGACAGCCCAAAUCUUAAUCUCACAAGGUCAGCAGGUAGCCAUGAAACUGCAAUGUGAAUUUUUAGAACCGGCAUCCCCUGGCUCAGGCUAUGGCCGGAAUGUGAAUGAAAAACAGAUAAACCAAGUGUUAAAAGGCUUGUUAGAGACAAGAAGAAAUGCUAUGUUUCGUAGUGGUUCUCCAUCUUCACCUCCUUUGCCUCCGAGUAUCAGAGACCUGCAGCAGGACCAGAGUCCAGAGGCAGACUUGCGUAUUGUCAUGUGUCUAAUGUGUGGCGAUUCCUAUGAUGUAGACCAACUUCUAUCCCCCUUCUUACUGCCUCAGCAUUGCAGGCCAACCAGUUCCAGUGGUAAUUCAGUGUUGCUUGACCAGACAGUCGGUGACAACAGGCUAACAAUAGAGCUGUCCCUGCUAUCAUAUCAUGCUUCUUUUACCAUGCGCAAGAGUCGGCUCGUACACGGUUACAUAGGUGUUUACUCUGCCCGCCGCAAAGCCUCAUUGGAAACCUUGUGUGCCUUACUCUGUGAGGUUCCAGACAUUGUUCCAGUUCAGCUGUUAGCUGUAGGAGAAACUGAGACAGAGCUUACAGACUCUGAGUCUGCACGAGAGCUGUUGGUCCAGGGUGAAGAACUAGCCCAUGAAAUCGAGGGUCGUUUUGCUAGUGUGGUCUGUGGACCAGGUGGAGUUGUGGGAGGACUGCACAGAAUUGAUCUUCUGCACUCCUUCUUCAUGGAGGUAGCAGAGAAGAAGACUCUUGUUGAGGCAACUCAUGUAUACGAUAAUGCUGCAGAGGCCAGUAGCACAAAUGAGAAUGUGUAUUCACCCCAUUGUGGUUCCCCUAGUCCUGUAACUAUGCUGUUAGAUUAUGAGGAGGACAUGGAAGCUUCACCGCCUUACUUCGAUGGCACCCUCACCUCUCAUAGCAGCUUCAAGCUUCCUGACUUGGAUGCAGGCGACACAUUCUCUGUCAUUUCUGACCUUAGUACUUUUGAGAACAAGCUGAACAACAAAGUUCCUUUACAUAUGAGGCCCAAACCCAGUGUCACGUUUGACAUCAGAAAGCACAACUUCAACCCGUAUAUGGACACUAGCCAUCGGCGAUCUCUCACCUCCAAUGUCACCUGGCCUCCCUGUGGGGAUGGGUUGUAUGAUCCGUCUGACUACGCUGAGCCAAUGGAUGCUGUUUCCAAGCCCCGACCAAGCCAUGAGGAAAACAUUUACUCAGUGCCACAUGACAGUACGCAGGGUAAGAUCAUCACCAUACGGAACUCCAACAGAAUGCACUCUAAUGGAGGUGUGAAUGGCUCAGAUAGCGAAGGGGAUGGCAGUUCUUUGGAGAGACACAGGAAGUUCUCUUCUGCAGGAGUAAAACCACGAUUGUACCGUGAUCGAUCAAAGCGCCUAGGCAAGUUCAGCAGCUUCCGCACCAGUUUCUCCAUUGGCAGUGAUGACGAGUUUGGUGGUCCCCCGAAAACAAAGGAGGAUGACGUGACUGUUUUAAAAGGAGAGUCGCUGAUUGAGGAAGGGGAUGAUAAGAAAAGGAACAUUCUGAGGAGCCUUCGUCGACCAGGCAAGAAAACUAGACUAAAGCCUCGACACUCAAUCUCCAAGCCCCUGGAGAGUACAUACUUUGGGGUGCCACUGGGUAAUGUUGUGUCACCUGACAGACCCAUACCAGUGUUCAUCGACAAAUGUAUCCGCUUCAUUGAGGCCACAGGGUUGACUACGGAGGGUCUAUACAGAGUGAGUGGCAACAAAUCGGAGAUGGAGAGCAUGCAGCGGCAGUUUGAGCAGGACCAUGGUCUUGACCUGGUAGAGAAGGACUUUCCUGUGAACACAGUAGCUGGAGCUUUAAAGAGCUUUUUCUCUGAGCUGCCCGAUCCAUUGGUCCCAUACAGUCUACAAGUGGAGCUGGUCGAAGCCUUCAAGAUAAAUGACCGAGAGCAGCGGCUACAGACCAUGAAGGAUGUGCUGAGGAGAUUUCCGCGUGAGAACUACGAAGUUUUCAAACACGUCAUGAGCCACCUGAACAAGGUUAGCCAGUGGAACAGAGUCAAUCUAAUGACCAGCGAGAACUUAUCCAUCUGCUUCUGGCCCACGCUCAUGCGUCCCGACUUCACCACCAUGGACGCUCUCACAGCCACACGCACCUACCAGACCAUCAUCGAGACCUUCAUCCACCAGUGCGCCUUUUUCUUCUACAACCAAGCGCCCGUCGAAUCUCCCACAGGCCUCUAUGGCACCCUGGUGCCCUCCGUGCUGCCCCCUUCACCUAGCGCCGCCCCCUCGUGCACCCCUCCGCCUCCGCACUUCAGCCCGGCGCUGCACUCGCCUCCCAGCUCUCCUCCUCAGAGCCCUCUCACCAUCCCCUCAGAGACGCACACACUGUGAGACAGGGAAACGCACCACGCUAGAUACGAUCGCUCAUAUCAGCUCACGCGUACAGUACAUAUGCUGCACAGUCUUUACACAAACACUUAUGUAAACACCAUCACACACACGCACGCGAUGAUGUGUGCAUAUUUAACUUUGCAUGUAGCGACUGGAUUCUACGCUGUCUGGGAGUUUGUGAAUGAUUUCUGUUUUUUUUUGUUUUUGUUUUUUUGAAAAAACUGUAGAGUGCUGAUGACGCGCACACACACAUACCCGUCCUGUCUCAGUGUGGACCAUCACUGUAAAAAAAAAAAAAAAGAUAAUAAUAAUAGGACCUUAAUCUUAAACGUAAUCCAAGUCUACAGUUUAGCUGACUUCUGAUUGUGCAGUUUUUUUUCUGUUCUUGUCUUAUCUCUCCUUUUAAAAAGAAAAAUCAAAACGAUAAUGAAUUCUCUUCAUCCUUUCCUUCUUUCCUGAUCUCAGACUGUAGCUGCAACCCACCCCCCCCUCCCCCCCACCCCCAGAGCCACCAAUGAAGGAACAACCAGUAGGGAGACGCACUACAAAUGGAAAGCACUUAUCCGAACGCUUUUUGAUGAUAAAUUUAAACAGACACUUUGAAAGAGUGCUGAUUUAAAAAAAAAAAAAAGAAAAGAAAGAGUGAGAUACAUAGAAUUACUAUUGCUGCAUGCUUACUUGCAAAGACAGACCUUUUUUCCAGUGUUGAUUUAAUCUACCUGAUCCCUUGUUAAAAGACAGCAUGGAUUUGAAGAAAAGAAAAGAAAAAGAAAAAAAAAAGAUGUCAUGUAUGAAAGCUUUGAUUUGGUUUUCUUCUCUCUGUGAUAUGAAGUCUUUCGCUUUUAUCGGUUCCUGUGGAUCUGUGCUCUUUUUAACGAGAUUCGAUUGGAUGAUUGGGGAGCUCCGGAAGGUUUGAUCGCUUUGAGACUGUGAACUUUAACAUUUAACCAUCUGAACCUUUAAUCCCAUCCCUGAAGAACCCCGCCCUAAAAAUGGGACAUUAAAAAAAAAAACAGACACAAAACAAAACACGCAACAGACACAUGGGCCUUCCUUUGUAUUUGUUUUUUUUGUUUUUGUCACUUAGUAAUAUAAAGCACUUUGUUUGUUUUUUCUUUUUGCGUUUUAUUUCGGCCUGAUUUUGUGGAGAGUAAGACCGAAUUGCAUUUGGUGUAGCCCGUGUCGGGGAACGUUGCCCAUCCUCAUGUUCAUGUUCAUGCUCUGUACUCAAUUUUCCUUGUUAUCUCUGUGACAUUAAGACUAAACUGCAACUAACCUAGACGUAAACUGCUAACGUUCUCACUUCAGCGCAGUCGACUCCUGAUUUGUCCAGCGCUCCUGUUCUCCGCUUCUCCGGUUCCCGGACUCGUCUCGGUGCAUCCGAUCGAUCCAUAAGGUUGUGUAAGGUUACCGUGACUCGUUGUGUGUAGAUUGUAAAUGACUUUUCUUUGAAAACAUGAAGCCUUUCUGAAAUGGAAA